AUGUUGAAGCCCGGCGACGAGGUCCACCUCAUCCACGUCAUCCCGCCCGGCCACAAGCUUGUGGUGACCCCGGAGCUGGGCAUAGAGGGCGUCAUUGAGGACGACGAGGCCACUAAGAAGAAAGUGGAGGACCACGCCCAGGCGUUCAUCCGCGAGCGCUUCGAGGCCGUACUCAGGACCCGCCACCUGAUCUGUAGCCGCGCCGAGGCCCUCAACGCCAUCGCAGUGGUCAUGGCCAAGGCGAGCGCCGCCGCAGGCAGCCGGCGCCCCGAGGCUCACAACAAGGGCGCCCUGAAGGAGUUCUUCCUGGGGAGCUGCAGCUCGUACGUCAUCCACCACUGCAAGCAGCCGGUCGUGGUCCUGCACAACGACUGA